UUGUGCGGAAUCAGUCGGAAUACACUUGAAACUACUGCCUUACAGUGCAGUGUAACGUUACACUUCAAACGUUAGCCGACUGCAGCCAUGUCUGAGGACCCUAGCACUCAAACUUGGUCCAUCAACAAGGAUGACUAUGAGCUGAAGGAGGUUAUUGGGAGUGGUGCAACAGCCGUGGUCCAGGCUGCAUAUUGUAUACCAAGGAAGGAAAAAGUAGCCAUCAAACGCAUCAAUCUUGAGAAAUGUCAGACCAGCAUGGACGAGCUUUUGAAAGAGAUCCAGGCAAUGAGUCAGUGCCACCAUCCCAACAUUGUGUCAUACUACACCUCUUUUGUGGUGAAGGAUGAGCUUUGGCUAGUGAUGAAGUUACUCAGUGGUGGAUCGGUUUUGGACUUCAUCAAAUACAUCAUUUCACGUGGAGAGCAUAAGUCAGGUGUCAUAGAUGAGGCCAGUAUUGCCACCAUCUUAAAAGAAGUCCUUGAGGGGCUGGAGUAUCUUCACAAAAAUGGACAGAUUCACAGGGAUGUUAAGGCUGGAAAUAUUCUUCUUGGAGAAGAUGGAUCUGUUCAAAUUGCAGACUUUGGAGUUAGUGCCUUUUUAGCCACGGGUGGAGACAUGACGAGGAACAAAGUGAGAAAGACGUUUGUGGGUACCCCCUGCUGGAUGGCCCCCGAGGUGAUGGAGCAGGUCAGAGGUUAUGAUUUCAAAGCUGAUAUAUGGAGUUUUGGGAUCACGGCGAUUGAACUGGCAACCGGUGCUGCUCCUUAUCACAAGUAUCCUCCUAUGAAGGUGCUCAUGCUGACUCUACAGAACGACCCCCCUUGUCUAGAGACAGGCGUGACGGAUAAAGAGAUGGUGAAGAAAUACGGCAAGUCUUUUAGGAAGAUGAUCUCAUUGUGCCUGCAGAAGGACCCAGAGAAAAGGCCUACAGCUGCUGAGCUUCUGAAGCACAAGUUCUUCACAAAAGCAAAGAAUAACGAAUACCUGCAAGAGAAGUUGCUUCAGAGGGCACCGACAAUAGGAGAAAGAUCAAAGAAGGUGCGGAGGGUUCCGGGCUCCAGCGGACGGCUUCAUAAGACCGAGGAUGGAGAGUGGGAGUGGAGCGAUGAUGAGCUGGACUUGGAGAGCGAGGAGGGCAAGGCUGCGGUGGCAGCUUUACGGUCACCGAGAGUAAAGGAGGAUGCCUUGCAGAAUGCUGAGAUUUUCACGCCAGACCCGUCAGCUCUCCUCCAGCCGCCGGCUCCUGCCCAGACAGAGGCACCUCAGGCUCCGGCUGCAGGAGAAGGCACUGCUUCUAUUGCACCUGCCCCAGCUCCAAGCAGCCAGGCUGCUCCUGGUACCAUUCCUGCAGGGCAAGAUGCCCUUAAAACUCCCAUUAGCCUUGUGUUGAGAUUGAGGAAUUCAAAGAAAGAGCUGAAUGACAUCAGGUUUGAGUUCAUGCCAGGCAGAGACACAGCUGACGGAGUAUCUCAGGAGCUGGUGUCUGCGGGGCUGGUUGAUGGAAGAGACUUGGUCAUUGUUGCUGCCAAUUUGCAGAAAAUUGUUGAUGAGCCUCAAAGUAACAAAAACGUCACCUUCAAGCUGGCAUCGGGUGUGGAAGGCUCGGAAAUUCCAGAUGAUGUUAAACUUAUGGGAUUUGCCCAGCUGAGUAUUAGUUAAAACACAGUGCGACCAUCAGUCUGAAAACACAAACUCUAUCGCACAACAGUGCAUAGUGUUUCUUGUCAUUGGCCUAAAGAAACCACUACUGCCAAAGAGAGAAGUAACCAGACACCACAUAGGAUUCAGAAACCUUGUACCAGUUGAAUAGGACUGAAUUGAAGUUCUUCAUAGGAAGGGCACUUGAGAUGUUUACAGUAUUCAUGUAUGUUGGAGGAUGCAAUCACCAACAUCCAUUCACCCUACUUUAAAGGUUUCUAUAUUGUUUAAAACAUUUGCACAAUCUGAACCAAGUCCUGUUAUUGUUAGAUGUCAAAAUGCCUUAUUUUCAAUAAUACUACUGAAUACAAAAUCUGAGGCUUGCCAUCUGUAGCUUAAGGUAGCUAGGAAUUUCGCCUGUUGACUGUAUGAAUGAAUGAGUGUGGUUUCUGCUACUUGUGUUGAGGGUAAAAUCAUAUGUAUGCUACAAAGGUUGACUUUCAGAAGCAUUUUGGACAUCCAAAUACACGUAAAUAGGCACUCACAAAAGCUUAGCCCUUCAGGGUGUAGGUUGGGUAAAAUGUGAUGGAGGGCAUGUAGGAGCAGCAGCCAGAACUCUGUCUCAACUUCAGAUGUUACCGUGUCCCUGUAUGAGCAUUUGAA